AGAGAGAGAGAGAGAGAGAGAGAGAAGAGACAGGGAGAGAUAGUCCGUCAGACAUGAACGUUACUCCGAUGGUGGAGAUACCCGGCAAUGACAACUACAGCAUCAGCAAUGGUCUUGACUGUGGCGGUGAGCCCCAUCAAUAUGCGGUAUGGGAGCGUGUGACGAUAGUAGUGAUCGCCGUCAUCCUCAGUAUGACCACGGUCGUCGGCAAUAUUAUGGUCAUGAUAUCAUUCAAGAUCGACAAAAAUCUGCAGACGAUCUCCAACUAUUUCCUCUUCAGCCUGGCGGUGGCCGACUUCGCGAUCGGCCUAAUCUCCAUGCCCCUCUUUACGAUAUACACGGUACUCGGUUACUGGCCGCUCGGGCCCCUCGUGUGCGACACGUGGCUCGCCCUCGACUAUCUCGCGAGUAAUGCGUCGGUCCUUAAUCUGCUCAUUAUCAGCUUCGACAGAUAUUUCUCAGUUACGCGUCCGCUUACCUAUCGGGCCAAGAGGACCACUUUCAAAGCCUCCGUCAUGAUAGGAUCCGCUUGGGGUAUAUCGCUGCUCCUUUGGCCACCCUGGAUCUACGCAUGGCCGUACAUCGAGGGUCAAAGGACUGUGCCGAAAGCCUCGUGCUACAUCCAAUUCAUCGAGACAAAUCAUUACAUCACCUUCGGCACGGCCAUCGCCGCGUUUUAUGUUCCUGUCAUGAUAAUGACGUUCCUUUACUGGCGGAUCUGGCUGGAAACGAAGAAACGUCAGAAGGACCUGCCGAAUUUGCAGGCCGGCAAACAAGACGCGAGCAAGCGCAGCAACUCGAGGUGUGACGAGGUUUUAGAUAUGGAGGAGAGCAGAAGGCAGCGAAGCGAAUCGAGCAUCGCCGAUGACGUCUCGCACGCUACGCACAUCGCGGUUUCCUACAUUGAUAAGCACUAUCCGCAAUAUAAGAGCCACAGGCCGUUUUCCUGGACCUGGCUGAAGAUGUGGUGCAUCGCAUGGUGGCACAGCGGUCGAGACGACGAAGACGACGACGAGGAGAUUGCUGGACCGGAGAGCAGCCACACCGGGGCCGGUUACGAAGACACGCUCACGCCGCUGUCGGCUGAGACGCCGCUUCCCAGCACGGUAUCGCGAUGUCCCUCCCUCAGCGCGAUACAGGCCACGGGGAUCGCCCUGGAUAAGACUGCGCUGCACGAGUUAUACAAAAGGCCGGCACGGUCGGUCGACCUUAGAAAUAUUUCCAGCGAUACCAUUUAUACAAUUCUAAUCAAAUUGCCGGGUAACGGCGGGAAAUUCACCGAGGGGACGAGCAUAAGGAUGAUACAUGACGAGUCCAUGUCAAUCCAGUUGCACCCUAUGAUGGAAGACAGCGAGGAUGACGGUGGUGUUGGUGGUAGCGGCAGUGGUGCUAGCAAGCUUUUCCGUCUUGGCGGCGGGCCCGUGUCGAGCCCAUCGACGGUGACGAUGAGAAGGCCAUCGCAGAUGCCGGACAUCAGGAUACCGUUGAAUGCGAAGAACAUACCAAAGGCUCUGACGACUGGCAAGGGAAUAUUGAACAAACAGCCGAACAAGAAGAAGAAGAAGAUCCAGGAGAAGAAGGCCGAUCGAAAGGCCGCGAAAACGUUGUCAGCCAUUCUGUUGGCCUUCAUUAUCACGUGGACCCCGUACAACAUCUUGGUACUCCUCAAGUCCAUCACCGCCUGCUCAUGGUACAUACCUCAGGUGCUGUGGGACUUUGUUUAUUAUCUUUGUUACAUUAACAGUACUGUGAACCCGAUGUGCUACGCGCUGGGCAACGCAGCUUUCCGCAGAACCUACGUGAGGAUUCUCAAGUGUAAGUGGCAGAGCAGGAACCGCGGUACCGGUGCGGUUGAUCGGGGAUGACAUCAGUAACCCAUCGAUGCGCACUUCUCGCAUCGAGGAGGGGAGCAGUCUCCUCUCCAUGCUUCCGAUAUCAGCACACUACAGAAUUGGAAGUCAACGACCACGCGCGCGCGCGUGUGCACACAUACAUACAUACACAUGCAUAUACCGAACAAACAAUGCUGUACUAUUAUUAUUAUCAUGAUUAUUAUUAUUACUACUCUACUAUUAUUAUCAUUACUAUUAUUAUUAUUAUAUCGCCGUACGUUUACUUUUCCUCUGUUUUACGCGUUUCUCAGAUCGUACGAUACGAAGAAGCGGAAGCGAGGAGACCGGCGACUGCCGCGAGUAAGUUUGGCGCUCGUGACUGCCAAACUUCCCUGUUCCUAGCGAUAUCGCUCGUCGUUACGGGUAUGUCCGGUCGUGUGGUCCACACAUCUUUCGGAUCGUGCGCGACGUUUAAUAUCCGAUCGGCCACUCACGCUAUCGUCAUGUAGAAAAGAAUGAAGAAAGAUUAUCAAGCUUUCUUCUGCCCAAGGAACACACCAAACAUGAGAAAGUCAAAAAGACUUUAUUCUGACUUCAUGAGAGUUAAGUGAUGAUUUUUUGUUACAAAAUUUGAGUGUUUGACAUUAAAAAUUAAAAUAGAGUUCCUUGGGUGAACGAUUCUCCAUCCAAGGAAUACACCAGGCAUAAAAAAGUCAAACUGACUUUAUUUUUACUUCAUAAAAGUCAAAACGAUGAUUUGUUUUAUUACAAAAUUUGACUCUUUAUUGACAUUAAGAGUCAAAAUAAAGUGUUUUUUUUUAUUUUUUAUUGACUUUUACGUGUUCCUUGGAUACUGAAUAAGAGAUUAAUCCUCCGACGACCGCGUCGUUUUCGCGCGCUAACCGAUCGCGUGCAUUUUUCAGUGAAAAUUCUAUUAAUCGUUAGUAAUUACGCGGAUAACUCGGUUAUCUCUCGACGUAACAUCGGAGUUUAACGCUCUCUCAAACGUAAUUGUAUCAUUUCGUAAUUGCAUUGACGUCCAUUAACGCAUAAAAAGAAUUAAUCACGAACUAAUGUAUUCUUGUCGGGGGGUUAAUGACGUGACACCGGAUGACGUGAUACUGGAUGACGUGAACGGGUCCCCAUCCUCGCCUAAAGAAUAUAUGAGGAUUGUUUGUUCACAAUAUUCUCGAAUAAUCUCGAAUUUCGACGACACUGAUAUCGAUCGUCUAUAUCGAGACGCGUGAAUAUUUAAUGAGACAGUGGUUCUUAAGCUUUUUUGAGUCGCAAAUUCUUGGGGGAAAAACCGAGGGUUCUCAGUUUGAUUAUUAUUUCAAUAUUUCAACAGUCGCCCGCCAGAAUCUUUUCAUUAUGAUGAAAAUUGACAUGAGAUGACGAUACGUUGGAAACUUGGGGAAAAGAGAAUCGAGAGGGAAGGAAAAAUAGAGGAUGCGGACUCGUUCGCGUUGGAAUGGAAAGCGCGUGCCGGCCGUUAAUGUACUAGUCAAAACGCACGCAGCUCCGGUCUCCGAGUUUCGCAGAGAAGUAACGCGAUGUGGAUACUGCCAUGAAUUUAACAUCUUUAUUAAUACCUCUCGAAUAUCGCGCAAGUCGCGCGAGUUCGGAAUUAUAUAUUGCGUAUCCGGUGCCCUCAGGACUUCCCCGAGGAGUACUGGUACCUUCCCCCCCUUCGGUGCGAUCGUCACCGUCGUCGCCGUGAUACCGGAGGCAUCGCGCUGCCCCCGAGAACUUCCCUUCCGGAAGAAGAAAAAGGGAGCGGCGGCGGUGGCGAGUAGCACACUUUCUGGGGAAAGUAGACGAGAGGAAAAAAAGCUAAG